AUGGUCGAGAUCAGCAUCCAGAAGCGUCCGCUUGCUGGCGUCGAACUCGAGUCGGCUCAGCGCAAGUACUUUCGCAAGACAGCUCGCGGCAAAGUCCUCAAGAUCCUCGGCGAGCGCUAUCUACGUGAUGACAUCGCCUGCGGCAGUCGUGCAUGUCAGCGCUGUCAGCAUCUGCAUACAGGGCUCGAGAAGCAAGCUCAGGACGGCAGCGCGCAGAAGAAGAUCUUCCUCGACCCUAAGGGACUCAAAAACACCAAAGUCGAUCGCAACCACUACCUCAUUCUCGACACCAAUGCUUUCCUCCACCAGAUGGAUCUCAUCGAGAACCCAAGUUUCACCGAUGUCAUCGUAUUGCAGACUGUCGCAGACGAAGUCAGGCAUCGAAGUCUGCCCCUCUUCAACCGUCUCAAGAACCUGAUCGCGGAUCCGGAUCGCAGGUUCUGGGUCUUCUACAACGAUUUCGGCCGCGAGACCGCAGUGCUACAAGAAGACGACGAGUCGCCCAACGACCGAAAUGAUCGCGCCAUCCGCACAGCUGCCAAAUGGUACAGAACGCAUCUGAUAGCAUCGACGGGGCCAGGCUCAUCGACCAAGGCCAAUCUCGACGUGCUCCUCAUCAGCGAUGACCAGGACAAUGUGCAGCGUGCUCUGAAGGACGACAUCCGCGCCAUGUCCGUACGUGACUACAUCGAAGGGCUAGACAACGCGGACCAGCUUUUGGAUCUCCUCUCUUCGCGCUCCAUGGUCUCCGGCUCCGGCGGCAGCGAGAAGCGUGCCGUUCUGUAUCCCGAGCAUCUCCCACAGAAUCAGGUCACGGCUGGCAUCAAGUCUGGGCAGCUUCUUCAAGGCUUCUUCAACGCCAACCCAUACAACUAUCUCGAGGCUACCGUCCGAUCUGGUCAGCUCACACGUCCCAUCCUUCUUGUCGGUCGUGAGGCGAUGAAUCGUUCCGUCGACGGCGACAUUGUAGCAGUGCAAAUGCUCCCGAAGGAGCAGUGGAAGGCUGCGACCGAAGAAGUGAUCGAUGCGGACGCAGCGCUGAAGGAUGAUGAUGCCGAGGGCGAUGACGGUGCAGGAGGUGCAGACGACGACAUUGAAGCGCGGCUAGCCAAGAAAGAGGCCGCAGACGCCGAAGCCAACGCCCGCUCUUCUCGCGGUGAGCCUCAGCCCACUGGCAAGGUGGUGGGGAUCGUUCGACGCAACUGGAGGUCGUAUGUCGCACACGUGGACGUCAAUUCGGUCAACUCUUCUGCUCUGUCCAGUCUCGGAGCGCAGACCGUCUUUGCUACGCCGGUCGACCGAAAGCUCCCCCGUAUCCGCAUCCGCACUCGCCAAGCAAAGGACCUCAUGGGUCAGAAGAUCCUCAUCGCCCUCGACGCAUGGCGGCCUACGUCUCGCUACCCUGACGGUCACUUCGUCCGCGCAUUGGGUCAAGCAGAGAGCAAGGAAGCAGAGCAAGAAUCAUUGCUGCUCGAGCAUGAUGUGCCGUAUCGGCCCUUCAGCAAAGCCAUUCUCGAUUGUCUGCCUGCCGAGGGCGACAGCUGGGUGGUGCCUCCUAAAGACAUGACCCACCGCGCUUGGCGUGACAGGGUCGACAUGCGCGACGAGACCAUCUGCUCGAUCGAUCCUCCGGGCUGCCAAGACAUCGACGAUGCGCUGCACGCCAAGCAGCUUCCCAACGGCAACAUCGAAGCGGGUGUCCACAUCGCCGACGUCUCGUACUUUGUCCGUCCAGACAACCCGAUGGAUGCCGAGGCCGCCAGUCGUGGCACCACGGUCUACCUGGUCGACAAGCGAAUCGACAUGCUUCCCCACUUGCUCGGCACCAACCUCUGCUCGCUGCGACCGUACGUCGAGCGACUCGCCUUCAGCGCCGUCUGGGAGAUGACGCCGGACGCCGACAUCGUCAAUGUCCGAUUCCACAAGUCCGUCAUCGCCUCCAAGGCCGCGUUCACCUACGAGGAAGCGCAGCUGCGCAAGGACGACAAGACCAAAUCGGACGACAUCACCAAAUCGAUCCGACUGCUCAACUCGCUCGCCAAGAAGCUCAAGCAGAAGCGCAUGGACGCGGGCGCGCUCAACCUCGCCUCGCCCGAGGUGCGCAUCCAUCUCGAUUCGUCCGAGUCCGCGGGUCCCAUCGAUGUCGAACAGAAGGAGAUGCGGGAGACCAACUCGCUCGUCGAGGAGUUUAUGCUUCUCGCCAACGUCUCGGUUGCAGAGCGCAUCUACGAGGUGUUCCCCAUGACCGCCGUUCUGCGUCGUCACCUUCCGCCUCCACGAACGAACUUCGAAACUCUGCAGGAUAUUUUGCACAAACGACGAUCCCUCACGCUCGACGUUUCGUCCUCCGGCUCGCUCGCCGCCUCGCUCGACACGUGCGUCGAUCCGAAGGACAGCACGUUCAACACGCUCGUCCGCAUCAUGGCGACGCGCUGCAUGCUCUCCGCCGAGUACUUUUGCUCCGGCUCAGUCGCCCGCGACACGUUCAGCCACUACGGUCUCGCUGCGGGCAUGUAUACGCACUUUACGUCGCCCAUUCGACGCUACGCCGAUGUGCUGGCGCACCGACAGCUGGCAGCGGCGAUCAAUUACGAGCCUCUCCACCCUAGCCUCCACAGCAAGGACUUUGUGGAUGACGUGCUGAAGGUUGUCAACAAGCGACACAGGAGCGCGCAACAAGCGGGACGGGCGAGUGUCGAGUUUUAUGUCGGAUUGAGUAUUGCCGAGCGCAACGCAGCGGGUGUCAAGGGUGGGAUGAUGGAGGCGCAGGCAUACGUCAUCAGGGUGUUCAGGAACGGCCUGGCGGUAUUCGUCAACCAGUUCGGUCUCGAAGGGCUCAUCACGUUCAAGGACGAGGUGGAGCUGGAUCAGGAGAGGUACGAGGUGAACAUUCCGAAAAAGGUCAGUGGGCUCAAGAAGGAUUUGAAGCUCGGCAUCUUUGACCAGUGCACGGUGCAGAUCGGUGUGGAGAAGGAUGCGAAUACCAAGAGGGGCAAGGUGAGCAUGCGGCUCGUGGGUUAG